GUGACAGGAGGAUACCGGUGGUGACGGGAGGAUACCGGUGGUGACGGGAGGAUACCGGUGGUGACAGGUGGAUACCGGUGGUGACAGGAGUUUACCGGUGGUGACAGGAGGAUACCGGUGGCCAUGUUGAGUAGAGUGAGCAGCACGCGGGGCAGGUGUGUCACCUGUGGCUCCCUCGGGAAGCACUUCUCCUGCUGCCACAGCUGACCGACGCAGACGCGGUGAAUCAGACGACGGAGGAGAUCGUGAAAUCAGAAUUCUAUUUCUCUUUCCCGGCUGCAACUCAUGCUCCGAGCCCGCGCACUCAGCCCCGCACUCGUCUAGGUGGCAGGCGCACGGACGGACGGACGGAAGUGCUUCCUGAUAAUAAAGAGGUGCGUCUUAUUUCCAUUCCAGCGACUGGCUGACUGCGCACGGCUUCCACCGCCGGCAGCUCGGGGGCCACUGACGCAGUGUGGAGUGUCGACAGGGGGGGGGGCGCGCGUGUAGCAGCACUGCGACCCCGGCUCCGCCACACAACGGAGGCAUCUCUCGGCGACACCGCGAUGGCCGUGGUGCAGCUCGACGCGGACGCGGACCGUCAGCCGGAGAACGGCUUCGUGUCCCCCGAGGGCGCGUCGCCGGCGCUGCUCACACGCAUCGACGGCGCCGUGCUGCCGUUCCUCGGGGGCUUCGGCAGGUACCAGAAGCAGCUGAUCGUGCUGACAUGGAUCCCGGCGCUGUUCAUCGGAUUCAGCCAGUUCUCCGACAAUUUCCUGCUCGCGCAGCCCAACAACACAUGCGUGCAGCCGCUGGCGAACGCGACCAACCACACGAGCGCGGGCCACUCGGCGCUGCUGGAGCGGCCGAGGAACGGCAGCGCCUACAACGACUCCACCGCCACGCAGUGUCGGUGCAGCGAGUGGACGUUCGAGCUGCACACGGGGCUCGCGCGCAACGUGGUCACCAAGUGGAGUCUGGUAUGUGACUCGGCAUGGAAAGUCCAUAUCGCAAAGUUCUCCCUGUUGGUGGGGUCCAUCUUUGGAUACCUGGUGUUUGGAAUCCUCGCUGACUGGUUUGGUCGCCACCCGGUGCUGAUCAUAUCGGUGCUGUUCAUGCUGGUGUUUGGUCUGACCGUGGCCUUCUCUGUCAACGUGCCCAUGUUCAGCACCUUGCGAUUCUUUGAGGGCUUCUGCCUGGCGGGGAUCACCCUUUCUCUCUACGUCCUCAGGAUUGAGCUGUGCCUGCCAGGAUGGCGUUUCUCCAUGACCAUGGUGGCCAGUUUUGUGGUCUUGGGUGGUCAGCUGCUGAUGCCCGGGGUGGCGUACCUCUGUCGCGACUGGCAGGUACUUCAGGCUUUUAUCAUCUGCCCCCUGCUGCUGAUGCUGUCCUACAUCUGGAUCUUCCCUGAGUCCCUGCGUUGGUUGCUGGCCACUCAGCAGUACGGCCGCUCCAAGUGGAUCAUGGGGCACAUAGCAGAGAAAAACCGAGUGAACAUGGAGCUUGACACAGAUAAUAUUCUCACAGAACUGCAGAGAUCUCUUCAAAAGAAACCCAAAAAGACAUGCAUUGUGAAAAUGGUCAGGACGAGAAACCUGUGGAAGAAUAUUGUCGUGCUCUGCGUCAACUCGCUAACGGGCUAUGGGAUCCACCACUGCUUCGCUCGCAGCAUGAUGGACCCCGAAGCCCAGGAAACCACCAUGUUCCAUAACUUCUAUGCAGACUAUUACACCAUGGCAGGCAUUGCGGUGGCGUCCUGCAUGGCGCUGUGCCCGGCAGUGGGUCUGAUGGGCCGGCGCGGUGGCCUCCUCAUGUUCAUGAUCAUCACGGCCCUGGCAUCGCUGCUGCAGCUGGGCUUGCUCAAUUUGCUGGGGAAGUACAGUGGCCAUCUGAAUAUAGAUGAUAGCUCAGGUACGCUGAAUAAGAACUUCUCCAUCGCCUUCUCCAUUAUUGGGAUGUUCUCCUCCCACGCAGUCAGCAACCUGAGCAUCUUCUUCUGUGCUGAGAUCACACCCACUGUGAUCAGGGGUGGCGGUCUGGGCCUGGUCCUGGCCAGCGCCGGCUUCGGCAUGCUGACUGCGCCCAUCAUGGAGCUGCACAAUCAGAAGGGCUAUUUCCUUCACCACAUUAUCUUCGCCUGCUGCACUCUUAUCUGCAUCAUCUGCAUUCUCCUGCUGCCAGAGACUCGCUACCAGCCCCUCCCCGAGACCCUGGCCGACGGCGAGAGCUACACUCGUCAGCCUCUCCUCCCGCCGAGGAAACCUGGAGAACAGCGCCUCCUGCUGGCCCAGUCAGAGAGCAGCAGGGACUACACCAGGGUGCAUGACACGCCGCUCCACGAGGCGGCCGCCACUGCAGUGUCCACCAUGGACUCCACCGCCUCCUCGGCCGUUGAUUUGACCGCACCGUCGGUCGGAGACAUGUCCGCUCCCACAUUCAUGGCGGUGCACCCCAGCAAGCAUGAGCAUAAAGACCCCAACGGCCGGUCGGUUUCAUCUUCAUCCACCACCCCCAUCACAGCACUGGGUAAAGAAGGCAUCAUACUUGCCAGCAAAGAGCACCUGCUGUCUUCCACUCCUCUACACAAAGCCCCCUGCAUCACAGACCCACUUUUACCCGAUGCCGAAGAACCUCCAGUAUUAGUUCAGGAUUCUGUCGAGCCCUCGAAGGAUUCCGUCAAUCUGCAGAUGAACGAGACUGGUCCCUCCAUUCCUGAGGAUUCGGCUGCCACCACCGCCCCAUCACCGGACUCUUCCACCCCUCCUGCCCCUCAAACUGUGCCCGCCUCCUUAAUGAUCUGCACCACUCCCAUCAUCGAGCCCCCGCCGAGCUCCGUGUUAGAAUCCCCAAACCCCCUCGUUAAUGACAUCGACAAUAUCGCCGUGGAAUUUGACCAAACUUUGCCGGAGGACGCUCGUGCCACUCUAGCUCCCGCUGCUAGUCUCCCCCGUGACUCCCCUACUCCAUCUAUGCAUGACAGUCUCCCUCCCUCCCCUGCUCCCUCUCCUGUUCCUGUGACAGACUGUAACAUUUCCACUGACCCUUCACCCUCCAUUAGCACACACUCUGACAUUCCCAUCCAGUUAAAAAUAGGAGAUGAAUCUACAUCCCCUCCUUCAACUAGAGACUCCCCCACACUUCCUGUUACAGACUCCCAACCGCCACAGUUAGACUCUACAUCUCCCUGUAGUAGUGAUGUAUUUCCUCAUCCCCCUACUCCCCCGAUCCUAGUCACCGUUUCCCCUUCACCCACUCCACCUCCACCCCCAGCGGACUCUUCCAAUCCCCCAGUCAUAGAUGCUGUCAACACCGCCGCGCCGCCUGCUACCAUCCUCCCCGUCACAGACAUUGUGAACACCACCGCUCCGGACUCAGUCGCUCUGACUGUCACAGACAUUGUACCAGAUUCCGCUGCUCCCCUCCUCUUAGAUUCAGCACCGACUCCCAUCACAGAUUCGGGCCCCACAGAAGCAACCCCCACCUCCCUGAUGGACUGCACCGUCUCCUCCCCCAUAGACUCUGGAGUCCUCCUCCCCGUCAGGGACAGUGCCAGCUCAGAAAACCACGCCGUCAACGGCGCAGCGUCGUCGUGAUCCGGUGUCGCGACCAGGAAAGGAAGCUUUGUGGCUGCAUCGGGAGGCAGCCGCCCACGUCGCGCGAUUACCAGAGGGAGGGGAGAGGGGCGAGGACUGUCCUGCUCAGACUUCAGGCAUUGAAUGAAGACUGUCCCCACCUGGAGCUGAGUGUAAGAUGUGUCUUACAAAGUUGUAGGUUUUCUCAAUGACCCCCUCCGACCCGCCUCCCCGCAAUUAGCCAGUAAAUGAGACCACCAAGUGAGAACGUGCCAGAGGCUGGUUCUGUGACAAUGUGACAGUAUCUUCUGCUCUUUUUUUGAAUGUCACUGGAAAUCACCAGCCUAUAAACUACUUUGAUGUAAAAUGAAUGGGAAAUUACAGUCUGUCAUUUUAAAGAGACUCACAGCUUCAAUCACUGAGAUGUGUCAUCAUGACAAAAUUUAAUGAUGCCAACAAAAAAAAAAAUGAAAAAAAAAUCCUAAUCACUGGUACUUUUGCUCAAAUUAAAUGUCUGUCUAACGUAUUUUUAAAGAAAAACUAUCGCCUUACCUGUGAGGACGAGAAAAUCUGAAUGUUACAGUACUUUUUGCUGUUAAAGAGAAAAACUAUCCAAAUUGGAGUGAUUUUUUUUCUUCUAAACACAAUGCCAAAAACUACUCUGACCAAAAUGAAAUGUAGACAUAGUGCCAAAACUAGUCAACUAGUAUUGACAAAGUAUUUGAAGAAAUACUGUUUAGCAGAACCCCUGCCAUCGACUGUGUGUGGAUUAAAGUUGAUCAGAUGAACCCAAUUUCAAACUUCAGAAAUACAAAAAUAAGACUCAAAUUAAUGAAAAACUAAAAAAACUGAAAGCUGCGUCAUCAUCUGAAGAAUUAGAUUUGAGAAACAAUGAGAAUGACCCAUAUUUUGUCCGUCUGAGGAAACUUUUAUUUUUCCAGGUGUUUCAGUCAAUGAAAUUUAUGGUAUGCAAAUGCUUUUAUUUGUAAAUGUGAUAUCGUAAGUGAUUGCAUAAUUAAUUGCUGAGCUUGAUUGAGUUUUUUGUUUUUUUUCUCAAUUCGAAGUAUUAUUUUGAACAAUCUCCCAGGGCGUGCCCUUAUUGUACAAGGCUAUACUUCCUUCUUACAGUAUUUGGGGCACGUUAAUUUUUUUGCAGUGGGGAAGAAGCAUGAAAACUAAUUGUGAACAUGUCAGCGAAACAAACUAGCAAACCGUAAGAAAAAAACAGAAACACACAAAAGCUAUUUUUGAAAUGAAACCCACGGAUGACGAAACGACUGAUGUGUUUGACAACUGUCGCAGCAUCGCUAACAUUCAGUGUGUGUUUUUUUCCGAUUCAUGCUCUGGCAUUAAUGUAGUUCAAGUGUGUCGGUGCGUUAACACAUUCAAAAAUGCAAUAUUUCAUACAUUAAUCAGAAUGCAGGUAAAAUCCUGAUUCGGAGAGGAACCUACUCAUGAUCUUAAAUCGACAGACUCUUGCUUCACCACUUCUUUUCUUCCAUGUCCAUCUGCGGACGGGAUAGUACUGGACAGAACUACAGUACGUGUGUAACUUUGACAGUCGUAGUUGCAUACUUACAUACAUUACAGGUCUGAGAAAGAUGUGUGACUAUGGCUCGACCACUGUUUACAACAAUCCUCAUGAUAAUAAUAAUGCUAAGUAAUAAUAAUAACAAUAAUAAUUACACUGUACUGUAAAACCUUAGAGCCAACUGAAUGAUGUCUCGUCAUUUCAAAUGUGAUGAAAAAAAACAACAACCUCUCGCAGUAUAUAUCAUGUUACAUUCAUCCGGGGAGUAUUGGUGAUCCAUUGCGGUGUCAUUCAGGAGUCAAACACAACACUAGGCUGAACAGGGGAUCAUGUUGUUCUCACCUCCAGGUUCACUCAUAAAGAACCCUACAGGUACUUCUACUCACCAAAAUUGCUUUUAUCCAAGUCAGAGGUGCACUGACGAACGGCUGCAUUUCCUUUUGGUAUGUGAAUGACUGGGCUAACCUGCCUGUGGUUUGGGGGGGGGGGGGAGUUUUUUUCUUAAGUGAAGCCUGAAUCUAAGUAUGAAAGCUCUCUUUUUUUUUUGAUCGAUUCAGGAUGAUCUUUUAAUAGAUCAUCAGGUCAACUAACUUCCAUUUGGUGAUGUGUCUUAACAAACGUUUAUGCCAUGCUGCUAAGCCUCGAAGCACAAUACUCUGCAAUCAUGUGGUGUCAGAUUUGGUGGAGCUUGGCAUCUUGACAGUAAGAAGAAGAAGAAGAAGAAGAAAAAAAAAGGGAACAUGGAGUGGGCUUUUGAAUACAGAAAUUACGUGCAGUACAACCACAUGCAAUCUACUUUGUGGAACAAGGGAGUUUGAACCUGGAUUUAAUGAGGAAUUCUUGGCAUCUGCAGCAGAGAGUGGGUUGACUGCAGUGGUCAGUAGCUUCACGUAACUCUCGUCGUCUGUGAGCGUUGUUCUCUCUGUCUCCGUGUGCGUAUUGCAGAUGUUGAACUGUGUGUCUCCUAAAGCCCAUGCAACCCCUGUGUAAAGACAUGUCACAGCACAACAACAACACGAACACAAGCAGUCCUCUCCCUGAGGUCUGUUGCUUCCACGGUCACGACUCCCAUUGCAGCUGCCCCACAGUGCUGAUGGCAGUCACUUCAUCGUUCUUAGUAAGCAUCUGGUUUGACUUAACUUUGUGAAAGAAUCAGUGAAAGCAAAAUCCAAAGCAAUGCGAGCACCAGCUAUGGGGUGGACGGGGCAGACACGCAUUGGUGGGAAAACAACAAAAAAAGAAGGGUUAUGUCUUUGUAAAUAGUCAAAUGUGUGGAAACAUGGAAUCUCCUGGGUCAUAAUAUGGAUGAUGGACUGAUGAUUUGUUUUGAAUAAGAGUCUCAGAGACAUGAAGUCCCCAGUGUACACAUUUCAGGUUUCGCUUCUCUCAUCCGUGCAACUCAGAAUCUCUUGAUGGGGAGAUUUGAAUGAAUGUAAAAAAACAACAACAAUAACAACAACAACAACAAAAAAUGGAUUGUACCAUUAACAAUUUCCAAUUGUUUGGUUUCAUUUUGUUUUUUUUGUUUUAACGGACAUAAUGCACUUGUAUAUAAGCCAUACCGGUUGUUAAAAUAAACCACUAUUUAUUGAUCAACUGUGAA